UCCAGCAGUCGGUGGGACCCUUCCAUCCUUUUGCAUUCCUUAUCUCGCGUUUAUUUUUUUUUUCUCUCUCGAUUAUAACGAUAUUGUAUACCCAUCACGAUUAUGUUUCUUGUUUCACCCUCGUGCCAGAAACGCUGCCGGUUUUUCAGUUAAAAGUACAUUACAUGUACCUUAGUGCCUUCUUGCAAGUGUCCCUCGCGAGGGCUAAUCGAUCGCAGCGGCGUGAUCGCUAAGGAUCUCUAUUCGCAUUUUUGCAGACAUAAUCAGAACGAGAAAGUGAGGAGUGUCGUAUUUCCCGAAAAAGAGCGCUGUCAGGAUGGCCUCCGCGAGGAUAGCUUUCGUCCUGCUCUUAGGAUUCUGCUGUCUUGGCGGUUUCGUGUCCUGCGAGGAUAAGAACGUCACGGAGGCUAACAACGGGCUCAAAGAGCCGAAUUUCGCUAUCCCCGAGUACAUAAUACCAUGCAGCAAGAAAGAUCCAAAGAUCGAUUCGUGCUUUCUUAACGCGCUCACUCACAUGCAGCCGUACCUGGUGAAAGGCAUACCAGAACUGGAAUUGCCUCCGAUCGAACCGUUAGUGAUUCCCGAACUGAAAAUAGAAAAUGGACAAGGCCCGGUGCGCGUACGAGCAAUCUUCACUAAUAUCACCGCGAUAGGACCAGGAAAUUACAGUGUCACCAAAGUGCGAAUAAACGUUGCGACAUAUAGAAUUGACCUUCACCUAACAUUACCCAAGAUCGAGGUUCACGGCAACUACGAUAUCGAUGGGAACAUACUCCUCUUCCCCAUACAAAGUCAUGGCAAUUUCUGGGCAUUGUUCGGCGACUUAAAGGCGAUGGCUCGCAUACAAGGCGUCGAGGAAAUAAAGGAUGGCGUUCGUUACAUGAAAAUCAGUCGAUUGCUGAUCAGCUUCAGCCUCGGUCGAGCUAGAUUCCGCAUAUCGGAUCAUUUGAACGGCAACAAUGUCAUCGGCCAGGCGAUGAAUCAAUUUUUGAAUCAGAACGCCAAAGAGAUAAUCGAGGAGAUGAAACCGGCGGCUAGCAUUAGUGUCGCCAAGCACUUUAAGGAAUUCCUGAACACCGCUUUCAACAAAUUGCCUCUGCAAAUCUGGCUGCCCGACUCGUAAGAGAGAGAAAGUUCCAAUUUCUAUGAAUGCAAGUACAAAAUUCACACGUAUACGGACGGAAAAGUCGUGAUUGGUGUAACGUUUUAUUAAAGUACGAGUAUACGUGAUUGUUGAAAAAUAGUGUGACGUAAGUAAUCGUAAUAGACUUUUUCUUUCAUUAAAGUAUUACUCGUUAAGUAUAAUGAAUUAUUAUGAUAAUUAUGAUAUUUAAAAACUUCAUCGUAAUCAUACAUUUUUUUCAAUUUUAAAAUUAAUUAAAUCAUAUAUUUUAAUUGAAAGUAAAUAAUUGUCAGAUUUAUUAGAUUUAUGUUUUCUAGAAUUAAGUCUGCAUUUCUUAAUAGUGCAAACAUUUUUAUAAACAUUCAUGGUUUUGAAAUUGUUAAACUUGAUUCGCCAUUAAUUGGCAAAAUAAUAUGUAGUUUAAGGGUAUUUGUAUGAUUAUUUGUAAGAUUUCUCACUUUGUAUAAUUGUUGCAUUACGAUUUGUUACAUAUGCGCAUGUUUCAUAAAAAUAAUAUACAUAUUUGGCGUAAAACA